AUUAAUUAAGUGUAGGGUAUAUACACCUGCAUAUAUACGUGACCCAUUUGAUGAAUAUUGUAAAUAUUGCUGACCAUAUAUAUUUAUAUAUAAAACAAUCUCAACCUUUUCUAGGCAUAUGCAAUUUAUAUUCUUUCAUGUGUCUCUUGCUCUGCGUUAAAACUCUCUCCCUCUAAUUUUCCUUUUGUCUCCAACUAUUAACUCCGUCUUCUAUUUCUUUCGCUUUCUCAUCUCUCCCUUUCUCUUCCACCCCACAAAACCCCAUUUCUUUAAUUUCUCUCUCUCUCUCUCUCUUUCUCGCUCUCCAAACAAUGAAGAACUCUCACUCUUCAACCUCGAGUUCAGCUUGUACUCACCGGUUAUCGCCAUUCAUAGUAGCGGUUCUACUCCUCUUCCACCUUGGUCUCGCUUUACCAACCAGCGUCUCUGACCAAAGAUUGACGUCAUCUUCAAGAAACCGCCUUGACGACCCUCGACUUCAUCCUUGUGAUUCCCUUCAUCACGAAAAGUCACGCUCUUUAUGUACUCGGUUCCAAAGAUUGCAUCAGAACCGUCACCGAUCCGUUUCCUUCCCUCCACCACCACCGUCAUCAGCGGAGCUCCAUGAGAUUGAUCCAAGAUAUGGCGUGGAAAAGCGACUUGUUCCUUCUGGUCCGAACCCUCUUCACAACUGAAAAAAUAUCAGGAAGAAAACAAAAAAGACAAAAAAGAAAAAGAAGACGAAGAAGAAAGAAAGUAACCCAUUUCAUUGUCAUUGUCAAAUACCAGAGUUUAUUUCACAAGGGAAAAAAAAGAAGAAAA